AUGACACAUAACUCUUUACCCGAUGAUGUAGAUAAUACUUCAUUUACCUGUGAAGAGAAUAUUAAAUAUGAAAAAAAUUUAAAUUCAGAAUUAGUACUAAUUAAAGAAGGAAUAUUUGAAGAAAAUGAUUCAAAGGAGCAUGAAAUGAUUCAUAUAAUUGAACAGACUUACGCGAACAAUUUUUAUUCACAUAUUCUAUGUAUUGGUAAAAUUGUCGAAACAAAAUUUUAUGCAUAUUGGAAUGCUCCAACAAUGCAAUGUCGAUCACAUAAAAUUAAUUUUCCACUAUCGGAAAAUUAUAAGAUUAUACAAAAUACCAAUGAUAAUUUUCGUGGGGAUCGAAUAUCAAUAUUAUAUGAUCCAGGAUUUUUUCCAGCACUCUUAAAAAAUGGUUCAAAUAAAAAUUUUUACUACCGAAACGGUGGUAUUCCACAGAAUGGAAAUUUAAGCGAACAUUUAUCAAUUUUCUAUGAUCAACUUCAAGAGUUAAUCCCAGAUGAAGAAUAUAACGGUUUGGCUAUUAUUGAUUUCGAAAGUUGGCGGCCCAUAUAUCGACAAAAUUUCGGAACCUUACAACCAUAUCGUGACAUAUCAUUUGAGGCAGAACGUCGUCGACAUCCAUUUUGGGCAAACGAUUCAGUAUUGGCACUGGCUCAAUUUCAAUUUGAACGCUCUGCACGAGCAUUUAUGGACAGUACAAUUAAUUUAGCAAAAAAAAUGCGACCAAAAGCGUCAUGGGGAUAUUAUGCUUAUCCGUAUUGUUUUAAUAUGAACGGAAAGUUAGAGGAAAAUUGCCCAAAUCCGGUUCCAAAAGAAAAUGAUAAGACAAUCUGGUUAUUCGAGAGUUCAGAUACAUUUUAUCCUUCGUUAUAUUUCAACGAAAAAAAAUUAACUCCCAAUGGACGUCAGCAACUAAUUAGAGGUCGUAUAACUGAGGCCCAAAGAAUUGCUGAUAAUAUUGCAACACCAAAAUUUAUUAUUCCAUAUUUUUGGUACAAAUAUCAGGAUACUGGUGCAUUUCUUACUCAAGAAGACAUUUAUUUGUCACUGACACAACUAAAGAAGUCUGGUGUAAAUGGAGUAAUAUUUUGGGGUUCUUCCAAUGAUGUAAACACAAAAGCAAAAUGUCAGGAAUUACAUGAUUAUGUGGAACAAACUUUAGGACCAAUUAUAAACGAAAUUAUGGAUUCAUAACUUAAAAAUUGAUACUUAAUUUUUAUUUAUUUAUGUGU